CUACGUUUCCGCGCUGACCUGGAAUAGGAGGUGACGUAUUGCAGUGUUAGCUAGAUCGAAACAAAAGACUGAGCGAGGCCGAGGAACACAUACACAUAGAUCUACACUUUAAAUUUGAAGCUGAAUUGAUCUUCAUCAUGUCUGCUCCUCUUCAUGAAGCUGUGAAGCAGCUCUCUUGGUUGCUAGGGACUUGGGAAUCAGAGACGGCUAAGGGAUUCUUUCCAACCAUCAAACCAUUUGAAUACAAAGAGACGUUGGAGUUCACUCAUGUUGGACAACCCUUGCUGAAUUUCAGUUUCAGUUCCUUUACUCCUGACAACGUGCCAAAGCACAGAGACAGUGGCUUCUUGAGGGUUAACAUCGGAACAAAUCAUGUUGCUUUUGUAUCUGCUCAGAAUGUAGGUAUUGUGGAGAUAGAAGAAGGCGAUGUGAACGGAACUGAACUUCAGUUAGAGUCUAAUGGUAUCCUACAUUCAUCAUUUGCCUCAUUGCCUCAUACUACCAAGAUUGCUCGGGCAUUCAAGCUGAUUGAUGAGUCCACCCUGGAACAGACAGUUUCUAUGGCAACUACUACUACUCCAGAAUUGAAACCACAUUUGAGUGUUCGCUACAAGAAAGUCUAGUCAACUUUCAAAUAGAGAGGAGAGUGCACUGCCAACUGAAGAAGAGAU